GAAGAAAGCUGGAAGCUACCGGUCACCCACAAUGGCUGCUGCCUCGAGAAGGACUUCCCGUGCAAGACCCACUAGCGCCUACCCGCCGUCGGAUCACGCUGCCGCCUAUUCGGGCGCUUACAACGACGACGCCGAGGAUACACAAUUCGAGUUCGACGAGGCCGAUGUCUGGAGCAACGACGUUGUUGCUCGAGUCCCCUCCUUCGAAACAAUCCACGACAACGGAUCCACGAUGCCCAGUUCGCGGACGUCGAGGAGACCGCCCAGAAGGGCUGACAUCUCGUCCGACCUUAAGCCGGCGGCGGCGGCCUCGUCAUUGCCUGUCAACAUACUGGAUUGGCCGAAGAGUAAUCCAAAACGGGACUCCACGGCCGAGGGUGGAGGAAGAGUUGAGAGCGACGAAGAGGAGGACCGAGAGAGUAGGGUUCCUCCUCACGAGUACUUGGCGAGGAGGAGAGGGGCUUCGCUGUCGGUGCACGAAGGGAUCGGAAGGACGCUGAAAGGCAGGGAUCUGAGCAGGAUGAGGGACGCCAUUUGGAAGUCCGUUGGAUUUGCAGACUAAGCUGAAAUGGAAAAUGGAAGCAACCCAGAGAGGAUAAGGAAAUCAAAGCGUCAGGAAGAGAAAGAACGGACAAGUGAAGAGGAGGAGGAGGAGUGGAAGGUGGCGGAAAGCUGCCAACUGAUAUCUUUCGUCGACCCAGUUCUGUUGGAGUAGAAGAGAAAUUAUUUGUCUGCUUGUCUUUGGUUCAGUCGGACGAACAUGAUUCAGAAACUGAUGCCGACUGACAUCUUUCUUAACUUUGGAUGCGAUUGGUGCGAUGGUCUAAUUCUGUGUAUGUGACUUUCUCGAAAUGUAUGACCGCUCAA